UUACAAUGUUUCGUAUGUUUGAUCCAAUGUAUUAGUCGAUGAACUAAAUUCUAGAGGAAAACGGUAAUAUUUUAUGGUUGGGAGAUUGCACUGCUGCAUAUGAUAGAAGUCUUUUGGAUGGGAGAGGAAUUAAGACAGUUUUAACAGUAGCAGCCGGAUUAAAUGUGUCUUACCCUGAGGGUGGAAUAGUGCACAAAGUAAAAUAGAUUAAUAUGGGGAGGUGUAUCACAUCUUGGACAUUGAAUCAGCCAAUAUCGCCAGACUUUUUGGGGAUACUUGUAAUCAGAUUGGAGAAGGGUUGAAGCGAGGAGGUGUGUUGGUCCAUUGUGCAGCAGGAGUGUCGAGAUCAGCUUCGGCAGUGAUAGCAUACAUAAUGAAGACCAGAGGGCUGAAUUUUUAGGAGGCCUUCAAUUACGUAAGGAAGCGCAGAAGUGUGGUAUUCCCGAAUUAUGGGUUUCAGAGAUAAUUAAGGAAUUAUGAGAAGGAUCUGAAGCAAAUAAGAGCGAAGGAACCAGAGAUGCCCAUAAAAUAGACACAGAAAACGCCUUAAGAAAUUGCAAUGGAGAAGCAUGAGUAAUUCAGUAUUUAGUAUUUGGAAUAGAAAGCAAAGAUCCUCUUAAAACCUGUGUCAGGUAAUCCAACAUUCAAUAGUGGUUAUUCAACACCAUAAAAAUAGUUGUAGAAGUAGAGGAUGUUGUACCAAUCUGCGAAGGUUGGAAGUCAGGAGCCAAAGUAAAGUUCAAUAAUUUAGAAUUCUACUAGAACUAAUUCUUAAAUGAAGAAAUAGAUCUUUGAGCCUUCAUUCAAUCAAACAUAUCAAGGCCCUCAGAUAGUGACUUACUAAAGGAACAAACUUGUCGAGAAGAUGCCAGACAUCAAGAAGAAGACUUUUUAUAAGUGA